AUGGGGGACGCUGUCAAGACAGAGAGAAGACCAUCCUUUCUGCAAAAGCUACCCUUCAAGUUUGGUCAUCAGGAUACUUUGAACACCACAGAUUUUCCAAAACUUGGUUUUGGGGAACUCAAAGUUAUAUUUCAAUAUCUUGAUUUGGAUACGCUGCUGAGCCUUAACACUACAAGCAAGCAAUUUUACUUAGCAUCGAUAGCAUGCCUUUACAAACGGGUGACAGUGAUAGUAAAUGAAAACUACGUUCAUGACCAUUAUAACAGGUGUACUAGUUCAACCAUAAUUAAUGUGAAACAAUUUUUGAGGCUGGUCCUCACAUUGUACCACAAUCAGCACCUGGCCCGUUUGAUUCAAAGCUUAAGCGUGGUUGAUCUCUGUCAGGAAGAAGGUUCUGUUUGGGGUAAGACAAUUCCUGAAAUAUUGGGGGAGCAUUUUCUGCAACCUGUUGGAGUGCCUUUUGACUUGAAAACGAUGACUUUUAGUGAUGUGUUUGCACUGGGUUUGUCUUUGAUGACCAACUUAGAGUACAUAAAUUGCGAUGGUUUAAGUCUAAGCUCGUGGCUGACUUUGCUGAAAGGAACUACAGUUAAGAGGAUAGUGAUCCAAUGUAAAGGGAAUAGCAACUUAGAAACCACUUUGGAUUAUAGUUUGAAUACCUUCAGAUCAGUCGAAGAUUUAAAAAUCAAUGUUUUUGAUUCUGAGUCGGUAAAUGGCGAGCUAGUUUUUCUAGCCAAGUUGUUGAAGGAGUCACAUGUAGCUCCGAAAUUAAGGAGAUUAACAUUGGAAUACAUCAAAACCAAUGAAUUCAGUUUUGAUAAUAAACUGCCCAAUUUCAACUGGCUCACUUUACUCAAUGAGCUGGAAUCUAACAAAUGCUUCUUCUCUAAUUUAACCCACCUGGGAAUUAUUAAAUGUCACAUUGAUACCAUUCAGCAGCAAGUGGUGACUCUUUUGGAAAAAAUUGUAGAUUUUUCCAAGUUAGAAAGCCUUGACCUGGAAUUCAAAGAGUAUUCACACAAGUUUAAAGGCCAUUCUAUUGAUAGCAGUGAGGAUAACAAACAAACCAACAAUUGCUUUCUCCUGCGCAUUCCUGCCAUGCCUUCUUUGAAAUAUCUAACAUUGAAACCCACUAAGAAUUGUAUUAUUUGCCAGAGACAGUCACUAUUAACUUUCCUGGGUGAACGCCUCUCUCAAAACCAAAUAACCCAUUUUAGUUUAACAUUCACGUCAAUAACUUUCGACGAUGUGGAGGAAAUUAACCGUUAUCUUACUGAAAAGCAGCAAUCAAUCGAGUGUCUUUCCUACAAUGACUUGACUCUGCAACAUAAUUUUAUCAAGUACAUGGACAACUGGUUUGAAGAGAACGAUGUACCAUGUACGUCAUCGGUGCAAUUAAUCGAACAGAACAAUUAUCAUUACAAGAAUUACAACGUGUUUACACAUAAAAUUGACAGUUUUGAUCAAGCUAUGGUGUAUUCUUCUAACAAGUUUGUCAAUGAUUGGAGAUCUCGCAACCCGAUGCUUCGCAUCUUCUUGAAACAGUUCCUCCUAAAUACCAACUCGGGCAACCAUUACAUGAAUGAGUUGCUGAAGAAGCUCCAUCAUCUUAGAGAACUAUUCAUAUUCGGGUUCCGGUUUCACCUCAGAGACGGCGUUCUAUUACUCUAUGAAGACAACCACUCAGCAGAGACUUUGAUGUAUCUAUAUUUAUAA